AUGGAUUCUCUUCGUGCUAGGGUUCCGCAGUCAGGCCUGACCUUAAAUGUGAAGCUCACAACUGCAUUACGAUUGAGCAAAGCCCAUGUGCUGAUUGGUGGGAUUAAGGGGACAGUUUCUGAGGUCUGCAAGAACAUUGUGUUAGCUGGUGUUGGAAGUGUUAAAUUGGUGGAUGAUAGUCCAGUGACAGAGGAAGCAUUGAGUGCUAACUUCUUGAUUCCUCCUGAUGAGAAGCUCUAUGCUGGACGUUCAAUUGCAGAGGUUGAUAAACUGAAGAAGAAGCUCAGAGAGAAGAAAACAUACAUAGGGCUCUCCAAAGAGCCUUUAACAGGCCUUUGGGUGCUCUUCCUUGGUUACCUCCAUAUCUCCCUCCUAAUCUUGAGGCGCAUGUGGAAAAGGUCACUACACAGAUGGAAGAGGUGGAGGCAAGGAAUUCGACUACUACUUUAUUUCCCGACACCGGGAUCUAUUUUGCAUACAUAUAUUUAAUCUAGGUAGUUUGUUUAACUGUAGACAUUUAGUGUCUAUAUUUUAUCGGCAUCUAGCUUAUUAGUUUCUAGAUUUGCCGAUAUAUAUUUUUGUAGAACCCGACUUCUACUUUAUUUCCCGACAUCGGGAUCUCUUUUGUGUACACAAGUUUAAUCUAUUUCAUGUAAUUAUAUAAUUAUUUACGCAA